AUGGCGUGCGAGAACUUCGGUCGUGUUGUCGAUGGGAAGAAGGAGAAGCAUAUGCUUUUGGACGACAUCGUCACCUUAUACGAUGAUGUGAAGAUCGAGCUGCAAAAGAUAGAGGAACAAAAGCGGUCCCAAGGUCAAGACAAAAAGGACAAAGUCGAACAAGGUGGGCAAAUGGUCCGCGAAAUGGCCAUGAAGACAAUGAAGCGACGACGCGACGUUGAAGGCGACGAUCCAAAGCGUCCAGCGCACGAGAACCGUCGCAACAGUCUGGCUGCUGCGAACUUGGUCGAGAGCGAACUUGAAUAG